UGUCGCAACGCAAUGAUGAUUGAUUUCAGCAACACUUCGGCACACGUCAGUUACACGAGGCAGUUUUCGAGUUACGACAGAAACAGCAUUUCGAUGAGGCUAUUCGUGAUUGCUAUAGUGUGGAUAUGUAAUUUCUUUGUCGCCACAUUUUCUGAUAAUGCACUUCUAAAGCUUUUCAAAUUUUCAUUCCUAUAUGGGUUAUUCUCAACCGCAUUCGUGUUAAUAUUUUUAAUGUUUUCAACGAAAUACACCACCAAAGCUUUCUAUGAUAUUAUGAACAUACGUGAUGGAUUUAAUCGAAAAUCCUUCAAUCUUGUGACAGACCCGUUCGGUGUCGGUUUGAUAGGCGCAUACGACUUUGGGCACCUAUCACCACGUCUUAUGGUCGACAAUGCAGCUUUAAUUUUCACCAUAGUCUUCAUAGCGACUGCCUUUGCCCGAUCACUUAUAGUGCGCGUUCUAUACAUGAAACUGACUAACUGUGUACAUUUGAAGUUCGUUGAGACGCCGCACUACCUUUUGUUUGCGAUUUUGCCGCUAAGUACGGAAUUCAUGGACGCACAUAAAUUGUUUGCCUUUUACAUUUAUUCUUACCUCUUGGCUGCAUUAGUUUCGUGUUUAGCAAUGUUCACUUCAACAAUUUCCCGACUGCUGCACAAUGAAUUUCGUUCCGUGAAAAACAUUUACAUCGUCGGAUUGUUGUGUUUCCUGGGAUUCACUCUAUCGCUGCCUCUUAGUAUUUUCACGACACAAAGAAGAUUAGGAGUAUUAUCUGGACUAAACACGUGUACACUUUACCUUGGAGGGUUCAAGGUUGCCAUUGUUAUGUGGGUGUACGGAGUUCAGAGAUUUGCCACAGACGUACAGUUCUGGCUUGGCUUCAAACCCACAAGGUUCUGGACGUUUUUAUGGGUGACUCUACCGGUUUUUAUCUUUAUACUUUUAGUCAACAAAGUAGUAGACAUAUUUCACUUGGAUGACUCAGACGGCAUUAAUCAAAGGAGCACAGCUAUUGCAUGGACAGUCAUAACCGUACUAUUUGUAUUAAUUUUUCACGUGAAGAUUGUUGCUAAAUAUAUAUUGAGAAACAAUUUAGUUGGGAUAUUCAAAAGUGAUCCCAAAUAUGGGCCCCCAGAUUUAGACGAUCGUAAAAGGAGAAGAAACUUCAACGAGUUGUAUCACAGUAGACAAUGUCAUCAUGAUUGCCUGAUCUUAGACAGUAAGCACGAAUGCAACCACUUGCCGCUGAUAUUUAAAGAGCACUUGGUGUCAGAACAUCCUUCCUUGACCAACAUAUACGACGCUGGUCCGUCGAAGAAGCGACCUUCCAGUACCAUGGAUGCUUCGAUAGUACACAUGAAUUAG